AUGGCGGGAAAUUUAACGCUUCCUUCUCGCCGCCCCACAGCUUUUCACGGGCGUCCUCGGCGACACCGGCACCACGAGCGCAGAUUCUUCGAGAGCCGUGGACACGCCCAUCGCGCCUAUGGCCACGCCCACGCCCACUCUCAGCACCACCACGACGCCCACAGACUGGUCUCGGCGAGUCACGUGGUCGAGAAUUCGUAUCAACUACCUUUGGUCACGCCCACAGCGACACCCACGCUAAUGUCUUACGCCCACAACCGCGCCUACGCCCACAACUACAAACACGCCCACAUCAACACCCACGCAAACAACCACGCACACAACCACACCAAUACCUACAACCACACCCACAACCACGCCCACUUCCCCGCCCAUACGCUCACGCCCAUACCCACAACCAAACCCACGCCCACACCCUCAAUCACGCCCACGCCUACAACCACAACCACGCCCAUAACCACGCCCACAACUACGAACCGCGUGCCGAGUACCCGCAAGAGUGGGCACGGGUCCCGGUGGGCGCUGACGUACCACGGCGCCGCCCACGAGCCCGCCGCCGCCAUCAACAACACGGUGUCGAACGUGACGGCGCAGCUGGGGGGCGCCGCCUUCCUGCCCUGCCGCGUCGGGCACCUCGGGGACAGGCAGAUCUCCUGGAUCCGCAAACGCGACUGGCACGUCCUUACUUCCGGCGAGAUUCUGUACACUCCCGACCGCCGGUUUUCCGUGCUGCACGUCGCUGGCUCCCAAGACUGGACGCUGCACAUCAAGUACGUGAGCGUCAAGGACAACGGUACGUACGAGUGCCAGGUGUCUACGGGCACGGGCAUCAUCUCCCUCUUCGUCAACCUGGCUGUGGUUACGCCCGAGGCCCAUAUACCAGGGCACGGACAGUAUCACGUUAACCGCGGGUCACCGAUCACGCUCGUCUGCGCCAUCGAGAACGUUCCCACUCCGCCGCAGUACGUCUUCUGGUACCACAACGGACGCCUCCUGAACUACCUUCCUGACCAGCCGGAGGUGACCAUAGAGACGAGCCGCGAACCCAGCGCCGCCGUCAGUAAGCUGGAGGUGCGGAGGGCAAGAGACGACCACUCUGGGAACUACACGUGCAGUGCGCCCAACACGCUGGCUGCCUCGACGAUGGUGUUCGUUACGGAAGGCGACAAGACGGCGGCGGUGCAGCGGAUAGACUCGAGCAGCGCGGCCGCCGCAGCCCCCCUGGCGGCGCUGCCCCUGCUCGCCGCCUCCUACGUCCUCGCCGUCAGAUGA